ACCUUCAUUUUUCAUACCUUGCGUGUCAUGGAGCUUGCUACCGUUGGUGCUGCUCUUGGAGCCCAUCCAAUACUCGCCAUUAUAGUUACUAGCAUCGUUUACUUCUGGCUGCUGGCUUUCUACCGACUCUUCCUCCACCCCCUCGCCCAUAUUCCAGGCCCGAAGCUUCCAAUAAUCACAUUGUGGUAUGAGUUUUACUACGACGUGAUUUUGGGAGGGAAAACACUAGAAAAAUAUCCGGAAUGGCACAAGAAGUACGGCCCAAUUGUCCGGAUCAACGCAGACGAACUACACUGCAUGGAUCCGGCCUUCGUCGACACCAUCUACGCAAGCGCCAGCGGUGGCAGGAAGAGAGACAAAUCAGACUUCUACCUCCGGGCCUUCCCUAUCUACGAAUCGUGUUUUGGAACUGCAGACCAUGAUUUACACCGCCUGCGUCGUGCAAGUCUUAACCCAUUCUUUUCCAGGACAAACGUCAGGGAAUUCGAGACAAGUAUCAAGCAGUAUAUCAACAAGUCGUUCGAUCAAAUCGAUAGCUACUCCAAAACUGGGGAAGUGUGCAACUUGACUUUAGCAUUCGUAUCGCUCAGUAUCGAUCUCAUCACAUAUGUCGCUUUUGGCUGGGAUCGCGGGUAUGCCAAUCACCGAGAUUUCGAACCUAAUCUGUUUGGACCACUGCGCGCUUCUAUGGGCAUGGCGCACGCUUUACGACAUAUUCCAUUUCUAUACCCUUUGAUGAGCGAGUGGAUCCCCGAGAGUGUGAUGCUCAAACUCGACCCCAAAAUGAGUGAAUGGAUCAUGUUCGAGAAGCAAAUCUUCCAAACCGUCGACGACGUAUUCGACAGCAAGCAAGAAUGGAGCAAACACGAGGGCCACAAAACCAUCUUCAGAGAAAUCCUCGACGGCAAUUUUCCCGCCCAAGAAAAAUCCAGAAACCGACUCAAAGAAGGAGCUCGCGAAGUCAUUGGCGCAGGAGCCCUCACAACUAGCACAGCAAUUACAUAUCUAAGCUACUACCUCCACGCCAACCCCAGCACCUUAGAAAAACUCAACAUAGAACUCGAAACCGCAAUCCCAGACCCAUCAAACCUCCCCCCAUCCACCGAGCUAGAGAAAUUGCCGUACCUAAACGGCUGUUUACAUGAGACCCUCCGUUUCUCAUGCGGCAUCGCAUCCCGCUCUCCACGCGUUCCUCACGAGCAAAUUCUCUACACUUCCUCCACAGCACCGUCGACGUACAAUCCCACCGGCAAACAGUACACUUACACAAUCCCCGCACGCACACCCAUGUCUACAUCGCCGUACCACAUGCAUAAUAACCCGGAUGUCUUCCCGGAGCCGGAGAAGUGGAUGCCGGAGCGCUGGCUCGAUGCAGAUGGCAAGAGACACAAUGAGCUUGACAUUGGGUUUUUGCCGUUUUCGAAAGGCACUAGGGGCUGUGUUGGUAUCAAUUUUGCGUGGAUGGUCAUGCAUAUUGAAGCUGCCAUGUUCAUUAGGCGGUUUGGCCGUCGGAUGAGACUUUAUGAGACUGCGGCUGAUGAGAUGGUUUAUGAUCACGAUUGUUUCGAGGUAGGACACGCAAGCAACAAGGGGAUCCGCGUCCUUGUAGAUUGAUGCAGCGCAAUGACUUGCUUUAUUUCAUCGCUUUCCGUGGGAUGGGUUCAUAAUAUUGCGACAAUGUCAUCGCACGUGCGCAACCUUGGAGUUCUUCGAUGUUGGAAACAGUGAGUGUCUGGUUGAAUAUCUGCGUUUUGAAUGCACAAAUUUCCACGACGCACAGCAUUCCCGUCCUUUGAAAAUGCAACAAACGAUGACACAGAAGCGAAUAUAUUUCACAUAAUAAAAGGAAGAAAGCAUUGAAACAGAGUCCCUUCUCUUCUCACGGUUCACUGCUCCCACCCUAGCCUAAAUUACCACAUCCUUCCUCACCCUCACCCUUACCCUCACUUUCACCCUCUGAAGUUUCCUGUAUUCCGCCUUCUCACCCCUUGGUUUCACCCUCUACGCUUUACAGCACGUCCAGCAACCCUAAACACAAAACUCAAUUAGCCCAGGUCCUUAUAAAUCCAGAACGAAGAAAAAAAAAGAUUAGAAACCACAUACCCCGACCUUUGAAGCUUUGUUUCCCUUCCCACACUUCAUCCCCUUCCGCUUCGCAGCACACAUCUUAGUGCAAGCUUUCUUGCCCCCCUUCUUCCCUCCUUUCUUGCCACCUUUCUUCCCUUUCUUGCCCUUCUUCUUCGAUUUCUU